UGUCACUUCGUGGGGGGUCUGGCUGAGUGGGAGCCGCUUGACAGGCUGGAGCUUCAGUGGCCGUGAUCCCUUGGUCCCUUGGUGGACGGGGAGGGGGGCCUGUUUCGAGCUGUUUCGGAACAGUUUCUUCUGUACUUGAAUGCUCACCAGGUGUCUCUGAUGGCUCAGUAUCUGGUUGGUGUUGAGCGUUGGGCAUGUUUGACACUGUUGUUGUACCAUCAACUGUUGGAUGUUGGGCUUGGCGGGGUGCUGUCUGGUGCCACUCACUCUGCCGUGGCCGAGUUGCCAGCCUUUGUUGAAGCUCUUGACGCUGGGUAUAGGUCAGAUCUUUUCGGAUGAAUACAUGUGAGUAAGAGGUGUACUUGAGUUCUCGUGCGUGUUCAAGUAACAGAUUUCUUUGUCUGACGUUGUGGACGUUUCCCCGGUAUAGAUCUGUAUCAUUCUUGAUUUGACAUGCCUCAGAAAGCACAACUUUCUCACCUAUCAGAAGCUCUGAUAUUUCGCCAAACUUGGCGGCUGCCUCAGCUGCAGUCUUAGCCCUGAGGCCCCUAAUGACCAGAGAGUUUUGACGUUUCUUGCGUUCUUCUAGUUCUCGAAGCUCUUCACGAACGACUCUACGGUAGUUAUCUGUUGCUUGCUGAAUCAUCUGAGGUGCACCCUGGGAAGGGUAGCUACUAUGUGUUUGUGGGGGGUGAGGUUGCAAGUGGGGCCCCCUUAGUUUCUCUGCAUAUGUUGGGCCAUCUCUUGCAGAGAGUGUUUGCUUCUCAGAUGGGGGCAGGCUUCCUUGAUCUGCAGCAGUGCCUGCUGUCAAAUGAUUUUUCACCGCCAGUUCAAGGUUGUUCACCUUCUUAAUUAGUUCAGCUAGAAGGUCAUUGUUUGCUGGCUGGAGUUGGUCCUGACAAUUCUCUGUUUGCAUAGCUGACUCACUCAUGCAAGACCUGGGCUGAAGUUUGCCGAGAUUUGGAAGUUUUCGGCAUGAGUCACAGAUAAAUGACAGUACAUCAUAUCUUUUCAGUGCAUUGUAGGCGGCUUUGGCUAUAUCUUGGCAAAAUGCAUGAAACCAGUUUCCACAAAGAUCGCAUUGGACCCCUUGCUGGGAGUCUUUCACUUCCAGGUGGCACGUCAAGUUGCCUGGUCCGCCUGGACAGAUGGAGGGGUUGAGAUUGCCCCCAUGGUUAGCCCGUACAACCGUAGGAGAAACACUGGUGCCAACAUCAAGGGGUAGGAGGCCAAUUGUAUUAGCCACCGUACUCACAUGAUCCGGGGACGGAUUCUGGUUUGUUGGAGUUUUACCAUUUGGGCGGGACCUUGGUGGUGUUCUGUUUAGUGGCAUUUUGUGAGUAAUGCAGGCUGUGCAGGCAUGCAAGGUGCAGACAGGACCACAACAGGGAGACAGACAGGACCCAGUGCUCAGCGGCAGAGCAAGUACUCCCUGAACAGGCACAGAAGCUUUGCAGAAGCUGAUGAAGACCCAGAGACAGCUUUGCAGGGUCACUUGUUUGACCUUGUGUGACGUGCAGACUCAUGCACUUCAUGCAGCAUGCAUCAAGCAAUAUUUACAGCAAGUUGAAGAGCAACUGAUUUUACUCUGCACCUGCAUCCAGGCUGAGACUGCAAGUGCAAAGCUUGGCAUUGGGUCUAGACUGGACAAACUACACCAGCUGGAGUGAUAAAUCCACACAAGCCCAAACAACACAGGCAGCCAUGUCGGGCAAGCUGCCGUUCGGCGCGGCGUCUGGCGGCAGCGAUCGGAAGCCGAGCCGCGCGGCGGCGCCGCUAGCCGGCGCCACCUCCGCGGCGGUGGCGGCCAGUCCCAGCGGCGCCGGCUCCAACAACGAGCUGGCCGCUCUGUUCGAGUGCCCGGUGUGCUACGACUACGUGCUGCCGCCGAUUCUGCAGUGCCAGAGCGGCCACCUGGUGUGCUCGUCAUGCCGCAGCAAGCUCACCUGCUGCCCGACCUGCCGCGGCACCCUCGGCAACAUCCGCAACUUGGCGAUGGAAAAGGUGGCCACGACGGUGAUGUUUCCGUGCAAGUACGUGUCGUCGGGCUGCUCAGUGCUGCUGCUACACACGGAGAAGGCCAACCACGAGGAGGCCUGCGAGUGCCGGCCGUACCAGUGUCCGUGUCCGGGCGCCAGCUGCAAGUGGCAGGGCAGUCUGGACCAGGUGAUGAACCACCUCACCAUGGCGCACAAGAGCAUCACCACGCUGCAAGGUGAGGACAUUGUGUUCCUGGCGACCGACAUCAACCUGCCCGGCGCGGUCGACUGGGUGAUGAUGCAAUCCUGCUACAACCACCACUUCAUGCUGGUGCUGGAGAAGCAGGAGAAGUACGACGGCCACCAGCAGUUCUUCGCCAUCGUGCAGCUCAUUGGAUCACGGAAACAGGCGGAGAGCUUCGCCUACAGGCUGGAGCUGAACGGUCACCGGCGGAGGCUGACCUGGGAGGCCACGCCUCGCUCCAUCCACGAGGGCGUCUCCAGCGCCAUCCUCAAGUCCGACUGCCUCGUGUUCGACACGAGCAUAGCCCAGCUGUUUGCCGACAACGGAAACCUCGGCAUCAACGUCACCAUUUCCAUGUGCUGAGCGACCGCCGGGCGCCGCGCGGCGCGCAGUGACAGACUCACAGACAGGACGCAUACAGAGCGCCGUCUGCUCUUGAUGUGAUAUUGUGUGGGGUGGGGAGUGCGGCGGUGAUGGCGGCGGCUCCCGAACGGCCACCUCUGGUGCCUUGUCGAAGUGCAAAGGGAGGAAGAUCUGGACUGGAGACGUGUCGCCACACGCCACGUGAAAAGUGUGCGAACUCUGGUGAGAGCCGUUGGACUCGAGUGGGACUUUCCAGAGGUGUGUGGCGGGGCCGAGUGACGCGAGUAGUACAAACGUUCCAGUGUGGACAGGGAGCCGCUGGACGGCCGUUGUGACGGCAGACGUGGCAGUUCCACGUCAGGGUCAGUUUGGGCAACGCCUCUCUGCUGCCAGCGGUGGACGCAGCAUAGUUAGACGAGCUCCGGGACGCGGGGUGUCCCGGGCUGGCUUUAGUGUGGGACGGGGUUUGUUCCUCUCGUCCAGUGAGACGCGGCCCGGCUCCCCGCUCAUUCCACCGGUGUCGCUGAGUUCCAGCCAGGGUUCCGCGCCCGGCCCCGGGGUCGCCCUGACGCGGCAGUGUGUGAAUUUGGCGUGCCUGUGAUUACCCGAGCUGUGUGGGAGUGAGAGACUGACGUCUACUGCCCGAGCGGUGACGAUAAACUCGAUGUCGUUAGCUCUCGCUACCCGAGGCACCAGACAUCGAGACAAGACAGUGGCCACAUCCGUCUGCCGCUGUCUCCAAUGGGGCUUUCGUCGGCAGCCCGUGCGCCGAGGCGACUUCACCUUAACCGUGGUAAGCGGGGUGUUCGUGACAGCCCGUCUCCUUGGGAGGCGGGUCGCUCACCGCGCCUUCUAUCAGCUGACGGGGUCGUCACGGGGGUGACCGAGCGACCGUCACGGCGUCCACCGGCGUCACGGUGGUGUUCCAGUGACAUCACGGCGGUGUGACGCUGGCGUCACGAUAGUGAAACGUCGGUGUUCGCCUCGUCCCUCGCCCUGCCCCGGCCAUGUGUGGGUUGUGUGUUAUUUGUGUGCGUUUUCCGGCACGGCGCUGCCUCACUGUGUGUGGGUAUCGGUGGGCUGGGGUGUUACAGGGCACCGUUUUCAGUGUAAUACCUGAUGACCUCGUAAAGCCGGGUGGCUUGGCUGGGAUCGGAGCUGAUCCCCCCGAAUUCGACACCGCUAGCGCCACGUAUCGGCUGUGCUGAUACUGAUACCAGGCCCGUGACUUCCCGUACGCCGGCCCGUCUGUGUUAGGGGUGGUCGCUGGUUUCCCGCCGUGACAUCGUCCAGUAGUCUACUCAGUGCACAGUUGGGUCGGCCCCCUGGGGGCACCGGGCGAGGUUAGGUCACUAGACAUCGACGCGGGCGACCGGACCCUGGGAGAGGCUAGGUGGCUAGCUGGCGUCGUAGGGCAUCAGUGUGUGGUUCAUGCUACACGGGAGGAAGAGGCUAGGUCACCCCAGAUGACUGGGAGAGGCUAGGUCAUCUAGCGUGGUCUGGUUGUCGCCCCACCCUAUGCACGACGCUCAGCCGGCGAAAAUAUAUGAUGUCUUACCUGG